AUGCCGCUUCCCCCCUCUGCGCCGGCACCGAUCCCGACAUCCGGACCACUCGUUCACCCACACCAGGACCUGAACUCGUUCCUUGAAAGCUUCUGGGCCAGGCAGAUGGACAGCGUCGAGAGGGAAACACCAGACUUCAAGACGUACAACCUCCCCCUGGCGCGUAUCAAGAAGGUCAUGAAGAGCGAUGAGGAGGUCAAGAUGAUCAGUGCCGAGGCCCCCAUCAUGUUCUCCAAGGCUUGUGAGAUCGCCGAGGGCCACAAGCGACGCACGCUGCAAAAGUCGGACGUCGCCGCCGCCAUCGCGUUCAGCGACGUGUUCGACUUCCUCAUCGACAUUGUGCCGCGCGACGACGGUUCGGGUGGCGCCGCCGCCACGGCCAGCGCCGACAAUGACAACCAGCCGGACGCCGAGGGCGAGGACGCCCCCGCCGCGCAGGAGGAUGGAGAGGGAGGAGACGCGAUGUACCGCGAGUAUGUCCGGGGUGGUGAGGAGGGCGAGGGAUUCGCUUAG